AUGAAUGCAACAAUUGUUGGUGUUGGAAAUUACUACAAUUCUGCUGCUGGAGCUACAACUGCUUCUGCUGCCUCAUCACCUGCUCCACCUCUUCCCGCACGCGCUUCCCCAAUUCUUUCUGCACAAAAACAAGAAAUUGUUCGAGUAACUCAACAAUUGUUAGAUGCAAUUUCUUGCAAAGAUUUUGAUUCUUUUUCAAAAUUAUGUGACCCAAACCUUACUUGUUUUGAACCAGAAACUUUGGGAAAUCUUAUUGAAGGAAUGGAUUUCCAUAAAUUUUAUUUUGUUAAUGGACCACAAAUUUUACCUGGUUCUGAUAAACAACAUCAAAUACACACUACUCUAUUAAAUCCAAAUGUUCAUUUAAUGGGUGAUGAAGGAGCUUGUAUUGCCUAUAUUCGAUUAACACAAUAUAUUGAUAGAUUUGGAGAAGCACGUACUUGUCAAGCACAAGAAACACGUGUUUGGAAAAAAAGAAAUGGGAAUUGGUAUUGCAUUCACACACAUCGUUCUGGUGCUGGAGAAUUAUCUUGUGUUUUUGCUGGAAGUAGUGGAGGGGGAAGUGCACAAACACCUCCAUUACAACAAAAUUCUUCUUACCAAAAUUUCCAUUAA